AUGGCUGACGCGCCCAACUCUGGCGAUGAGCUGUACCCUAUCGCCGUCCUCAUCGACGAGCUAAAGCACGACGAUGUUUUACUCCGUCUCAACGCCAUCCACCGUCUCUCCACCAUUGCUCUCGCUCUCGGCGCUGAACGAACUCGUGAGGAGCUCAUCCCCUUCCUCGAUGAGUCCGUGGAGGAUGAGGACGAGGUCCUCGUCGCCCUGAGUGAAGAGCUCGGCGGUUUUAUCGAGUAUGUCGGUGGUGCUCAGUGGGGUCACGUCCUGCUGUCGCCCCUCGAGAACCUCGCUGCUAUCGAGGAGCCCGUCGUGCGCGACAAGGCCGUCGAGUCCCUGAACAAGAUUUGCUCCGAGCUCUCGCCCCAACAAGUCGAGGAGUACUUCAUCCCCCUCACGAUCCGCCUCGCCAAGGCCGAUUGGUUCACAUCAAAGGUCUCGGGAUGCGGUCUCUUCACAACCCCUUACAAGAAGGUCUCCCCGCCUGUCCAAGAACAGCUGCGCCAACAGUUCGGCAUGCUCGUCCACGAUGAGACCCCCAUGGUUCGUCGCCAGGCUGCCACCAACCUGGCCAAGUUCGUCAAGGAGAUGCCUGCCGCCAUCGUCGUCGACGAAAUGAUACCCCUCUUCCAACAUCUUGCACAAGACGACCAAGAUAGCGUUCGAUUACUGACGGUCGAGGUCCUCAUCUCGAUUGCCGAGGCCGUUCCCAAGGAGCAACAGUCGAGUCACGGCGUCCUCCUGACGUCCCUACGCAACUUGAUAGAGGAUAAGAGCUGGAGGGUGCGAUACAUGAUUGCCGAUCGUUUUGAAAAGAUCGCCAAGGCAGUUGACGAGGAGGUCGUCUCGCGAGAUCUUGUCCCCGCAUUCGUGAAGCUCCUCAAGGACAACGAGGCCGAGGUCCGAACCGCUAUCGCUGGCCAGAUCCCCGGCUUCUGCGCUCUCGUGGAUCGCAACGUUCUCCUCAACGACAUCAUGGGCAGCAUCGAGGACCUCGUCUCGGACACUUCCCAGCACGUCCGUGCUGCCCUCGGUACUCAGAUCAGCGGCUUGGCUCCGAUUCUCGGCAAGCAAGAGACCAUUGACCACCUUCUUCCCAUGUUUCUUCAGAUGCUUAAGGACGAGUUUCCGGAGGUUAGGCUCCACAUCAUCUCCAAGCUUGAGCUUGUCAACCAGGUCAUUGGCAUCGAUCUUCUCUCACAAUCGCUUCUCCCCGCUAUCGUGCAACUGGCCGAGGAUAAGCAAUGGCGAGUGCGACUUGCCAUUAUCGAAUACAUCCCUCUCCUCGCCAGCCAGCUCGGCGUGCAAUUCUUCGACGAGAAGCUCAGCAACUUGUGCAUGGGCUGGCUGGGAGACACGGUCUUCUCGAUCCGCGAGGCUGCUACUCACAACCUUAAGAAGUUGACCGAGGUGUUUGGCGUGGAAUGGGCCAGCGAGGCUAUCAUCCCCAAGGUCAUGGCCAUGGGCAACCACCCCAACUACCUGUACAGAAUGACCACCUGCUUUGCCAUUUCUACCCUGGCGACCGUGGUGAGCAUGGACGUCAUCGCCAAGUCGAUCCUCCCAAUGCUUGACAAGCUCGUUGGAGACGAUAUCCCCAACAUCCGAUUCAACGUGGCCAAGACGUACGCAGUGCUGAUCGACGUGCUCCGACGCCUGCCCGACGAGGGCACCCUGCACGACCUCGAGAAGCAGGGCAGCGAGAUCACACCCUCACCGCGAGGCAUGGAGCUGAUCCAACAAAGAGUUGUGCCCAACCUAGGCAAGCUGCAGAAGGACGACGAUGUGGAUGUGCGGUACUUUGCUACGACAGCGGCAGCUGCUGUCACGGGACCCAUUGCUGGCGGAGAGCCCAUGAAUACAUCGCCAUAG